AUGAUCGCCGCCGCUUUCCUGGUUCUGCUGAGACCCUACAGCAUCCAAUGCGCCCUCUUCCUCCUGCUGCUCCUGCUGGGGACCAUCGCCACCAUCCUCUUUUUUUGCUGCUGGCACCGCAAGCUCCAGAAGGGGAGGCACCCCAUGAAAUCGGUCUUCUCGGGCCGUUCUCGGAGCCGAGAUGCUGUCAUGAGAUCCCACCACUUUCGCUCCGAGGUAAUUUAUUUAGCGCGCACUCUCAAGGGUUAUAGACCAAGUCCUCGUCAUGCUAGAAGACGGGUAACAGCCCGUCUUGAAGAAUCCCAGCCUAUAGUGGAAGUACACCACCAGAGUGAGCAAGAAACUUCCAUGAGGAAACGGAAAAUCAAAAAAAGCAGUCGUGUCCAACCAGAAUUUUACCACUCUGUUCAAGUCACUCCAACUCGAAAGCCUAGCUCUGGCAACGCUUCUUACCGCUGCUCGAUGUCUUCCUCGGCGGAUUUUUCCGACGAAGAUGAUUUCAGCCAGAAGUCGGGCUCUGCCUCUCCAGCCCCGGGAGACACUCUUCCCUGGAACCUACCCAAACACGAGCGGUCCAAGAGGAAGAUCCAAGGCGGCUCAGUGCUGGACCCCGCCGAGAGGGCCGUGCUCAGGAUCGCAGAUGAACGGGACAAAGUUCAAAAGAAAACUUUCACUAAAUGGAUAAACCAGCAUCUCAUGAAGGUUCGAAAGCGUGUGAAUGACCUCUAUGAAGACCUAAGGGAUGGACACAACUUGAUCUCUCUUUUAGAGGUCCUUUCAGGAGACACCUUGCCAAGGGAGCGAGAUUUUUUGAAGACCUUACGGUUGGUGAGUUCAACAGAAGCAUGCGAGUAUGAACAGCAUGAGGAUGUGGAGGAUGAGGAUAAGGGGCCCAGAGAAAAAGGUCGGAUGCGUUUUCACAGACUACAGAAUGUACAAAUUGCACUUGACUAUUUGAAAAAACGCCAGGUGAAACUAGUGAACAUUAGAAAUGAUGACAUAACUGAUGGAAACCCCAAAUUGACUUUGGGGUUGAUAUGGACAAUAAUUUUGCACUUUCAGAUAUCUGAUAUCCAUGUUACUGGAGAGUCGGAGGAUAUGUCUGCGAAAGAGAGGCUAUUACUGUGGACACAGCAGACAACCGAGGGUUAUGCUGGAGUACGUUGUGAAAAUUUCACUACCUGCUGGAGAGAUGGAAAAUUAUUUAAUGCCAUCAUUCAUAAAUACAGGCCGGACCUGAUAGACAUGAGUACCGUUGCUGUUCAAAGCAACCUUGCAAAUUUAGAACAUGCUUUUUAUGUAGCAGAGAAAAUUGGUGUCACAAGACUUCUGGAUCCCGAAGAUGUUGACGUCUCUUCACCUGAUGAGAAGUCAGUAAUAACUUACGUGUCAUCACUUUAUGAUGCAUUUCCCAAAGUACCAGAAGGUGGAGAAGGAAUCAAUGCAAAUGAUGUUGAAGUCAAAUGGGUUGAGUACCAGAAUAUGGUGAACUACCUCAUCCAGUGGAUCAGGCACCAUGUCACUAUAAUAUCUGACCGGACAUUUCCCAACAAUCCCCUAGAACUAAAGGCACUUUACAAUCAAUAUUUGCAGUUUAAAGAAACAGAAAUUCCACCAAAGGAAAUAGAGAAAUCAAAAAUCAAACGACUGUAUAAAUUGCUAGAGGUUUGGAUAGAGUUUGGACGAAUCAAACUCCUGCAAGGCUACCAUCCAAAUGACAUAGAGAAAGAAUGGGGGAAACUCAUUAUUGCCAUGCUAGAAAGGGAGAAGUUGCUUCGGCCAGAAGUAGAGAGAUUGGAAAUGCUGCAACAGAUUGCAAACCGAGUACAGAGAGACAGCGUAUGCUGUGAAGACAAACUCACGCUUGCUCGGAAGGCACUGCAGAGCGAUUCCAAAAGGUUGGAGUCUGGGCUCCAGUUCCAGAAUGAAGCAGAAAUCGCUGGAUACAUUCUUGAAUGUGAGACCCUUUUACGCCAACAAGUAAUUGAUGUGCAAAUUCUUCUCGAUGGAAAAUACUAUCAGGCAGAUCACCUGGUGCAGAGGGUUGCAAAACUUCGUGAUGAAAUAAUGGCCUUAAGAACUGAGUGUUCUUCAGUAUACAGCAAAGGACGCGCUCUGACCACUGAACAGACAAAACUCAUGAUAUCAGGAAUAACACAAAGCUUAAACUCAGGAUUUGCACAGAACUUAAAUCCUUGCUUAAACUCAGGUUUGACCCAGAGUUUAACACCUUGCCUGACCCCUUCAAGCUUGACAUCGGGCCUGACUACCAGACUGACACCAUCUGUCACUCCUGUUUAUACACCAGGAUUAAUCCAAAGUUAUGGCUCAGGAGUAGACACAAAUGCAUUGCAAACCCUCAAGCUGAUGCAGAUCAGAAAGCCCCUUUUGAAGUCAUCUUUAGUAGAUCAGAACCUGACGGAAGAGGAAGUCAACAUGAAAUUUGUCCAGGACCUUUUGAACUGGGUUGAUGAAAUGCAGGUACAGCUCGAUCGUUGUGAGUGGGGGUCAGAUUUGCCAAGUGUGGAAAGCCAUUUAGAAAAUCACAAAAAUGUUCACAGAGCUAUCGAAGAAUUUGAAUCGAGCCUUAAAGAAGCUAAAAUCAGUGAGAUUCAAAUGACAGCACCUCUUAAGCUCAAUUAUGCAGAAAAGUUGCACAAAUUGGAAAGUCAGUAUGCAAAACUGUUGAAUACAUCGAGGAAUCAGGAAAGACACUUGGACACUCUUCACAAUUUUGUAUCUCGGGCAACGAGUGAGCUAAUUUGGCUGAAUGAGAAAGAGGAAGAGGAGGUUGCCUAUGACUGGAGUGAAAGGAAUUCUAACAUAUCCCGGAAAAAGGAAUACCAUGCGGAGUUAAUGAGAGAACUUGAUCAAAAAGAAGAUAUUAUCAAAUCCGUUCAGGAAAUAGCAGAGCAACUACUUCUGGAAAACCAUCCUGCCAGGCUAACAAUUGAGGCUUAUAGAGCUGCAAUGCAGACACAGUGGAGCUGGAUUUUACAACUUUGUCACUGUGUGGAACAACAUAUAAAAGAAAACUCUGCAUAUUUUGAGUUUUUCAGUGAUGCCAAAGAAGCUACAGACUAUUUAAAGAAUUUAAAAGAUGCCAUUUACCGGAAGUACAGUUGUGAUAGGAACAGCAGCAUUCACAAACUGGAAGACCUGGUCCAGGAAUCUAUGGAAGAAAAAGAACAACUCCUGCAAUACAAGAGUACAGUAGCAAGUCUGGUGGGGAGAGCAAAGACAAUAAUUCAGCUGAAGCCUAGAAAUCCUGAGAAUCCACUCAAAGCAUCCAUUCCAAUUAAAGCCAUCUGUGACUACAGACAAAUUGAGAUAACUAUUUACAAAGAUGACGAAUGUGUACUAGCAAGCAAUUCUCACCGUGCUAAAUGGAAAGUCAUUAGUCCAACUGGGAAUGAGGCCAUGGUCCCAUCUGUGUGUUUUACAGUUCCUCCACCAAACAAAGAAGCAAUUGAAACUGCAAACAGAAUUGAGCAACAGUUUCAGAACGUGCUGGCUUUGUGGCAUGAGUCACAUAUCAACAUGAAGAGUGUGGUCUCCUGGCACUAUCUGACCCAUGAAAUUGAUACAAUUCGGGCUGGCAAUGUUGCUUCGAUAAAAACAAUGCUACCUGGUGAACAUCAGCAAGUUCUGAGCAAUCUGCAGUCCCGUUUUGAAGACUUCCUGGAAGAUAGCCAGGAAUCCCAAGUCUUUUCAGCCUCAGAUGUAACCCAGCUGGAAAGGGAGGUUAAUAUUUGCAAGCAGUAUUAUCAGGAACUUCUAAAAUCAGCAGAAAGAGAGGAGCAAGAGGAAUCCGUUUAUAACCUGUAUAUCUCAGAGGUCCGAAAUGUCAGACUUCGGUUGGAGAACUGUGAAGACCGCUUGAUUAGGCAAAUCAGAACUCCUCUGGAGAGAGAUGAUCUGCAUGAAAGUGUGUUCAGGAUCUCAGAACAAGAGAAACUCAAAAAAGAGUUGGAUCGACUCAAAGAUGAUUUGUCAACAAUUACUGACAAGUGUGAAGAAUUUUUUAGUCAGGCUGCUGCAUUGCCUUCAGUCCCUACAUUACGAUCUGAGCUCAAUGUAGUCAUUCAGAGCAUGAAUCAAGUCUAUUCGAUGUCUUCUAUUUAUAUAGACAAGUUGAAAACUGUUAAUUUGGUUCUGAAAAAUACUCAAGGGGCAGAAGCUCUUGUAAAGCUGUAUGAAACUAAACUCUGUGAGGAAGAAGCUAUUACUGCUGACAAGAACAAUAUUGAAAAUCUUAUGAGUACUUUAAAGCAAUGGAGAUCUGAAGUGGAUGAAAAGAGAGAGGUAUUUCAUGCUUUGGAAGAUGAAUUACAGAAAGCCAAAGCCAUUAGUGAUCAGAUGUUUAAAAUGCAUAAGGAACGUGACCUGGACUUCGACUGGCACAAGGAGAAGGCAGACCAGUUGGCCGAGAGAUGGCAAAAUGUUCAUACUCAAAUUGAAAACAGGUUACGUGACUUAGAAAGUAUUGGAAAGUCUCUAAAGUACUACAGAGAUACUUACCAUCCUCUUGAUGAUUGGAUUCUACAUGUUGAAGAUACUCAGCGAAAAAUUCAGGAAAACCAGCCUGACAACAGCAAAACUCUGGCAACACAGCUGAAUCAGCAAAAGAUGCUAGUGUCUGAAAUUGAAAUGAAACAGAAUAAAAUGGAUGAAUGCCAAAAGUAUUCAGAACAGUAUGCAACUGCAGUCAAGGACUAUGAACUACAAACAAUGACCUAUCGGGCCAUGGUAGAUUCCCAACAAAAAUCACCAGUGAAACGCAGAAGAAUGCAGAGCUCAGCUGACUUCAUUGUACAAGAGUUCAUGGAUUUACGAACCCGCUAUACUGCUUUGGUUACUCUAAUGACUCAGUACAUUAAAUUUGCUGGGGAUUCUUUGAAAAGACUAGAGGAAGAAGAGAAGUCAGUACAAGAAGAAAAGAAAGAGCAUGUUGAAAAAGCCAAAGACUUACUGAAAUGGGUGUCAAAUGUGAGCAAGACCCUGAAAGGAGAAGGAGAAAAGUCUGGAAAGAAACCUUUCUCUAAGCAGCAGAUUUCCAGUGAAGAAAUAUCAGCCAAGAAAGAACAAAUAUCUGAAGCAUUACAAACUGCUCAAUUAUUUUUGGCUAAGCACAGUGACAAAAUGACAGAUGAAGAGAGGCGUGAAAUGGAAAAACAAGUUAAAUCCCUUGAAGGUUGCAAUUUGUUAUUCAAUGAAACUCUAAAACAACUGCAGGAUUCACAAAUAGUGAGAGAUGAAGAGGUGGAGGAGAAGGUGGACAGAGUGAUUGCUGGUGUCCUUGAUCAGACAACUGGAGAGGUUCUCUCAAUCUAUCAGUCGAUUUUAAAUGGUCUUGUUGAUUAUGACACUGGCAUUAGGUUACUUGAGUCUCAGCUUAUUCUUUGUGGCAUCAUUUCACCAGAAUUAAGAAAGUCCUUUAGUCUGCAAGAAGCUGCAAGUCAUAAACUUAUUGAUGAACAGAUUCUAUGUCAACUUCAGCCACUGAGCAAAACUAAGGAAAUGAUUUUGGCUGCCUCACCUACAACACUUUCAGUUAUAGAUGCUUUGAAUAAAGAUCUGAUUCCCGAAUCUAUGGCCAUCAGAAUUCUCGAGAUUCAGCUUUCCAUAGGGUACCUCGUUCUUCCAGCAACCAGAGAGCAUCUAACCUUAAAGAAGGCUUUCCAAAGGAAUUUGGUUUCUGCAACCAUAUUUUCAAAGCUUUUGGACAGGCAAAGCAUGUGCAAAGACCUCAUUGAUCCCAACACAUUUGAGAAGAUCUCUCUUACAGAGAUGGUGCAAAGGAGUAUCUUCCAUGAAGAGACUGGGAUGAGACUUUUGUCUGUAAGACCACAUGAAGGAGGUAAAAUAACACUGAAAUGUGGAAGGAAGAUGAACAUCUUCAGAGCGGCCCACGAAGGUCUUAUCAGCCGAGAGAUCAUGUUUAGGUUGAUUGGUGCGCAGCUUAUUUCUGGUGGCUUGGUUGAUAGUGAUUCUGGGCAGAAGAUGACGAUUGAAGAAGCUGUCCAGGAAGGGGUAAUUGACCCAGAUACUGCGAAUAGUAUUCUCAUUCAUCAAGUGCAAACAGGUGGAAUCAUAAGUUCAAACCCAGCCAAACGUUUAACUGUCGAUGAAGCCGUUCAGUGCAAUUUAAUAUCAUCCAGCAGUGCACUUUUGAUACUAGAGGCACAACGAGGUUAUGUGGGGCUCAUUUGGCCUCAGUCUGGUGAAAUUUUUCCCACAUCAUCAUCCUUACAGCAGAGAUUGAUCACCAGUGAACUGGCAUGCAAAAUGCUGGAUGGCAGGCAGAAAAUAGCUGCACUUUACAUUCCAGAAACUUCUCAAGUUAUUAGCCUAGAUCUUGCUGCACAGUUAGGUGUUCUAGGUGAAAAUGCAGUGUCUAUUUUGAAGAAUGUGAUUCUUCCUGAUAAAAUGCCAGAGGUAGAAGGCUUGGAGCUUCCCCACAAAAGUGUUGGAAGAUGGUUGUCCCCUUAUGAAUUCCAACAGUCUGUAUUAUAUGAAUACACAGAAGAAGAAUUUUCAGCUAGAGAAGAGCAAGAGAAAACUCGGAGCUUUGAGCAAACUCAAAAAAUAUUCCUCUCUUAUUUGAUGAUAAACAGCUACAUGGAUGCUAACACUGGAGAAAGGCUCUUGUUGUAUGAUGGUGACUUGGAAGAAGCCAUCAAUAUGUUAUUAGAAAGUGGUUGUACGAUAUUUUCUCCAAAAACAGUGAAAGAAGAAUUUAGCAGUAUUAAUCUAAGUGGGGCUGGAAAAGCCUCAUUUAGUAGAGCUACAGAUAAAGGGAUGCCUGAUGUUAUGGUUUCACCCAGUAGUGUAGAAGAAAGCUCUGAUGUAGAGGGAGAGAAUGGAGGCACCAUUCGGAAUGGAAAAUACACAGUUAAUAAUGAGUUUCAAAAGAUGGGAAACAGUUUGGUUACAAGAAAUGUUGACCAUCCAGAAUGUGAUACACUUACUCCCUAUGAAACUGAAAGCCAGUUUAAUUUUCCCAAUCUGUGUGUCAGAAUGAAUUUAACCCAGCAUGAAAAGGGAAAGAGUAGCAGUCUUAGCUAUGAUGAAGAAAAUGUAGUUAACAAUUUACAACAAUACUAUGAACAAAGCCAAGUAGACAUAGCUGAGUAUGUUGAUAAAUAUGACCAGCACUCAGGAAAGAUUCAGCAGAAUUUUCUGGAGUGCUCAGGUAAAAGUGACUUAACAAAACUUGACCAUCAUGCAUUGAGGGUCCUGAAUAAAGCAGCAAACCAAGAUAACCAAAACACAAAUGCUAACUCUUUUGAGGGAUCUCGAAGUAGAAAUGAUUUGUUAUGUAAUGAAAAAGUAAGAUCCAUUCAGGGAAAUGGUAAUGAUAUUUCUAUAUCAGAGAACAGGUCUUCCAUUCAUCAAUUCAGUGAUAAGCCCAUGCUACCUGAUCAAAAAAAAAGUGAUUUUCAACAUAGUUUUGAGCUUUUAGACAGAAAAGAUUCAAGCAUUAGUUUUCUGGAAAGACAAUGUGAAAAAGAUUCAUUAAGCGAUGAAUGUACCAUUCAACUGAAAAACCAUAAUGAAAACCUUGCCAUUUCACAGUUAGUAGGAAGUAAUAAUAAUGGCAUUAAAACCCUUGAGGUUUUCCAACUGGAAGGUGAAAACAAGUGGAGUAAUUCACAGCUUUGGGAGGAUGCGCACUUGUUGACUUUUAUGGAUGAUUCCAGCAUAGCUGAUAGGGAUGGAACCCCUCAACUUGAAGUAACUGGCAGUGAUAAUGACUAUGAAACUUCAUUGCUUGAUGAUUAUGACAGUGACAGUAGUGAUGAUGAUGAUGAGGUCUACGAUACUCCAGGCUUAGAAGAUGAUGAUCACGAUUCUGUGCUUCUUGAAGGUGAUGACUGUGAUGGCCUGAAACCCGAAGACUGUGAAAACCUGCAAAAUGAAUGGGUCAGCACCCAUCAGCCUGAAGAUGGUUAUAGUGACCUUUCAAAAGGGGAUAUAAGUGAUCUAAUGGGCCAGGGGGCAAUAGCUGAGUCAACAAACUGUCAAGAAGCAUCACGGUCUUCCCAAGACUGUUUCACAGGUGUCAAAGAGGCUGGAUUGUGUUCUGGUGAAAGAAAACAAUUAACGUCAGUCAUUGCAGUUAUGGAUGAUGACCAAUUCCGGGAAAGCAUAUUGGAAGAAGAAAGCACAAGUUACUCAGAAGACUAUGACACCGAAUCAUCAGUUACUCUAGAAUGUGAAGAAAGCAUGAGGAUCCUUAGUGCUUCAUUGAAGUUAGAUGACUCUGGAAAUCGGGAAGGUAGAAGUGAGGAACAUGAAACUCAAGCAAAGGACAGUGUUGAAGCUUCUCAAAGUGAAUGUGUAGAAGAUGGCAGAAAGGAUGGUAAUGGAAAAGGUGAAUGUGUUGAUUAUGGUCAGGUGAUUGAUAAGUCUGUAUCUUGGGACAAAGAUAGAAAAGUUAUUGCUGCCCAAUUGGGUGUAGAUUCUAUUGAAAGGGAAAGGAAUGUUGAAAAUAAUCAUAGUGUAGAUAAUAUGAAACGUUCUGAUGAAAUUCAGAGUUAUUUAGUAGGGAUAUCAGAAGUUAGUAGUGUUUUACAGUUAGAAGGGACUGGUGGAAAGAACUUAAAUCAUAAAGGAAGUGUUCUUACAGCAUCCCCAAACAGUCCCGAAUAUUUAAUUAAAAGCAGAGAAAGACAGCUAAAUACUGAACAGGCUCAUGAGGGCUUUCAAGAAAAUAAAUAUACAUUACAAAACAUCAGUGAAAAUGAGUCAGAAAAAAUCCCUGGUAUAGAUGGAAGGCCUUCUGGCAAAGAAACACCUUCCAUUUCACAAAAGCAAAACCCAACUUAUGAAUUUGAUAAUACCGCUACAGUGGAUAUGGAGGGGGAGCCUUUAGUUUUAUCUGCAUCUGUUAUUAAAAAAAAGGGUGAAGAUCAGUCCUUUGAAAACAUUACAUCUCAGUCCACCUUGCCUCUUUUAGAAAGCAUAAGCGCUAAUCAUCACAUACUCAAAAACCAAGAUUGCCCAAGUCGUGAAACAAGUGAUCUAAUUCAAGGGAGACAUGGAAAGAAUAUCAUCCUUGUGGAGAAAAUCUUAAUUCAAAAAAAUCACUCAGAUGACCAAAAAAGCAAAGUAGAAAAUGAUAAAAGACCUGGGAUUAUCCUUAAUGAAAGUCAAGGUGAUAAUCUUGAUUCAUCUCCUGAAUCACAAAUCACAAGAAAUGAAAAAUGCGUUAAGAAAGAAAAAGUCCAAGAAACACCCAAAUCAAACAUGAAUCUAGAAAAUGACUCAACAACUAAACAAACUUUUGCAGUUAAUGAAAUGGCCCAUAAUUUGGAAAGCACUGGACAAAAUUUUGAUGCAUCUGCAAAUAAAAGUGGCAGUGCUAGGGAAGACAAUGCUAGCGAAGGUCCUAGUGAAAGUAGUAAAGGCUGCUCUGAUCUUUUCUGUGAUGAAACUAAGGAAGAGCUUGAUCUUUUCUCCUACUUAAAACAGUGUGCCAGAGGCAUGAAAAUAGGAGGCAUCUCUACCUGGAAUCAGGGUGAUCCUUGUUACAACCAGAUAACUGUAGAAGAAGCGGCCCCAUCAGAAUUAAACUUGAAUGAACACAUUCUUGUUUGCCCACCUGCACUUAUAACAGAUGAAUGCAUAAAUCCAGGAGAUAUUGGAACCAAAAUAGAAGCAGUAAUCCUCACCCAGGGUACUGAUGUACCUCAGGACAUAUCAGUGAAUGAAAUAGCCAAUAGUCAUGCGUUUACUGUUCAGGAAAGAAACUCAGGAGGCAUUGUUGAUAUUUCACAGAGUGUGCCUGAAAGCAUUGAGACCCAAAUUUCAGAGUCACCACUUAAAACUGUGAAUGUCAAGGGUGGAAACAUAGUGGUUUUACAGGUAGAAAGGGAAACCUUAUUUUGCACAGCUGACAUAAGGAAUGAUAAAAGCAGUAAUAUUUCUGACACAGAGACCCCAUUUUUGGAAAAUAACAUCAGUAAAGAGGGAAUUGGUCACCAACUCCUCGGAGAACAAAUCCUGCCUGUGAAGGAAAUGCAGACUCCCGAUUCAUCCGAUGUAAUAACUGAGGAACUGAAGGAGAUUGUGAAGAGCAGGUCAAAGGAAAGCCAAAUUUUCCACAAAGAGGAAGAAGAGACUUUAUCAUACUCUGACACAAACAUUUUAUUGCAAAACUUACUUAAAAUGGUUGGCAUCACACAUGUGGCAUGUAAUCCUAAUAAAUCCAGUGGCUCUCAGACAAAUGAUGAUUCUACAGCUUCAUUAAUAACUGAAUCUUCUGAAAUAAACGGAGACGAUCAGGCUAACUCCUCUCUUUCUGGGCCUGUAAAUCAAAGCCCCGAUCUCCUUCUUGAUAUUCUGAAGCAAAACCAGAAGGCUGCAUGGGCAUUUGAAAUGAGGAGUGAGGAGAGGGGGAAUGCCAUUGCCCCAGGAAAAAUGGACAUUACGUCCAAAUUAAUUCCAUUGCUUGCUGAUGAACAUUCUUCAAGAUUUGAAGAUUUGGUUGGUGGUUUGGCAAAAAAAAUGUUGGAUAAUUCUCAGAAUAAAGAUGGACAGAUGGACAGAAAUGAUGAAUUUAAACACAAAGCAAAUGGCCACUCUCCCACUUCAGAAGAAUUGCCAAUGAUUGGAAAAGGGCAUACUACAGAAAGUGAAUCUUCAAACCGUGAUGGGAACUUUCAGAGCAGCCAUCAACUGGAGAAUUUAAGCACCACCUCAGAAAGCAUUUCAGAAUCCAAAGAAGUUACUUCUGGAGACAGUCCACUGGGCAAAUUACCUAACAGAAUACAGCAGUGUUCCCAGCACAUUGACAAGAUGCAUGGGUAUUUGACCAUCAUGCAAGAUAUGAAACUUCACUUAGAUCAGCAGCAGCCCUUGGAUAACAGUUUGGAAACCCUGAAAAAUAAAUUUAAAAAGUUAGAGUCAUUUGAAUUGAGUUUGGGUACGAUAUCUGUCAUUUUAAGAAAUGAUAUGAAGUUGGCAGAAGAGUUCCUAAAGUCCUUCUCCAGAGAGAUUCCCAAUGAACAUCUUCAGGAAUUAAUAAGAAGUCACCAAAAUUUGCAGGUGACACUGUCUUUCCUUUAUGACUUAUCGUCAAGAAGAACAAAACAUAUAUUGGCCGCUAUAGACUCUGAAAUGUCUAAACUAGCCGUUUCCCAUGAAGAGUUUCUAAACAUCCUUCAGAAGUUUUCGGACUGGAUCACAGAAAGAAGUAAAACUGUUAAGGAUUUUGUGGUGGAUGGUAUUGAUACUGAACAUAUGAAGAAAAAUUUAGAUUUUCUCAAGAACGUUUGGAAGGAGCUUGCCAGUAAUAAAAUUCAGCUGGAGACCACAGCCUUUGAUGUCCAGUUCUUCAUUUCUGAACAUGCCCAAGACCUUUCGCCUCACCAAAGCAAGCAGCUGUUGAGACUUUUAAAUACAACUCAGAAAUGUUUUCACGAAGUGCAGGAAUCGGUAACGUCCCAGGUGGAAAGUAUAGAAGCCCAGUUGCGGAUAGCACAAGAUCUUGGUGAUCAGAAGCUUGUGGCAAAGCGGCAAAAGGAGUAUAAGGAAAAACUCCAGGGAAUAUGUGAUCUCCUCACACAAACAGAAAACCGGCUAAUUGGACACCAGGAAGCUUUUGGGGGAGGAGACUGUCAGGCUGAAUUAAAGCACUACCAAACGAAACAAGAGGAACUACAGAAAGAUAUGCAGGCGAGUGCUCAAGCAGUGGCAGAGAUAGUGAAAAACACGGAGAAGUUUCUGAAGGAAAAUGAAGAAAAGCUGUCCCAAGAAGAUAAGGCUUUGAUUGAAAAGAAACUUAAUGAGGCUAAGGCCAAGUGUGAGCAGCUUAACCAGAAGGCAGAAGAGUCCAGAAAGGAGUUGGAUAAAGCUGUAACCACAGCCAUUAAACAAGAAUCAGAAAAGGUUGCAGCGGUAGAACAGCUGGAAGAGAGCAAAAACAAAAUAGAAGAUCUUUUGGACUGGUUAUCAAAUGUGGAUAAGGAUGCUGAAAGAGCAGGGAAGAAAUGUAAACAGCCAAUUGAACAGAAUGGGACCCACUAUCAAGAAGGCGAUAUCAAGUCUGUGAUUGGAGAAGAAGAUGAAGUUAAUGGCAACCUAUUGGAAUUUCAGCAACAGACUGAAUCUGAUGGUGGAGAAUUCAAAACCUCAGAGAAAAAUUUAAAUCAGCAGUACCAGAAAGUCAAGGCUCAACAUGAGAAGAUAGUUUCUCAGCAUCAGGCUGUUAUCAUAGCCACUCAGUCCGCACAAGCAUUGCUUGAAAAGCAGGGCCACUAUCUUUCUCCUGAAGAAAAAGAGAAGCUUCAGCGAAACAUGAAGGAGCUAAAGGUUCAAUAUGAAACGGCCUUAGCUGAGUCAGAAAGGAAAAUGAAGUUAACCCACUCUCUGCAGGAAGAACUAGAGAAGUUUGAUACCGAUUAUGGUGAAUUUGAAAGCUGGCUACAGCAGUCAGAACAAGAACUGGAAAACCUAGAAGCUGGUGCAGAUGACCUUAGUGGUAUAAUGAUCAAGCUGAAGAGGCAAAAGAGUUUUUCUGAAGAUGUGAUUUCCCACAAAGGUGAUUUAAGAUACAUUACAAUCUCUGGACACCGAGUGCUAGAAGCAGCCAAAUCUUGCAGCAAAAGAGAUGGUGUACAGGGUGACAAGGAUACCAUUGACACUUCUGCCACGUAUAAAGAAGUGCAGAGUAAGCUGGAUAAUGCAACAGAGCGUUUCAAAUCUCUCUACAGUAAGUGUAGCAUCCUUGGAAAUAAUCUCAAAGACCUAGUGGAUAAAUAUCAACACUAUGAAGAUGCCUCAUCUGGACUUCUGUCGGGACUCCAGGCCUCUGAAGUAGCUGUAAAGAAACACCUCUCCGAGCCCAUUGCUGUAGAUCCCAAAAAUCUCCAGCGGCAACUGGAGGAGACGAAGGUUCUUCAAGGACAGGUGUCCAAUCACCAGGUUGCUGUAGAGAAACUGAAAAAAGCUUCUGAAGUGCUUUUCGAUGCCAGGGGGCCUUUACUGCCAGAUAAAAAUGAAAUCCAGAAAACGCUGGAUGAUGUUAUUGGGAGAUAUGAUAAUUUGUCCAAGUCUAUCAAUGAACGCAAUGAGAAACUCCAGAUAACUUUAACCCGUUCCCUAAGUGUGCAAGAUGGUUUGGAUGAAAUGUUGGACUGGAUGGAAAGUGUUGAAAAUUCUCUGAAGGAACAAGGUCAAGUGCCCUUAAACUCUGCUGCUAUUCAGGAUAUCAUUAGUAAAAACGUUAUGUUGGAACAAGAUAUCGCAGGUCGCCAGAGCAGUAUAAAUGCCAUGAAUGAAAAAGUGAAGAAAUUUAUGGAAACAACAGAUCCACUUACUGCAUCCUCUCUGCAAGCCAAAAUGAAAGACCUCUCUGUCAGGUUUUCAGAAGCAAGUAAUAAACAUAAAGAAAAACUCACAAACAUGGAGGAGCUAAAGACCAAAGUAGAACUCUUUGAGAACCUCUCUGAGAAGCUCCUGUCAUUUUUAGAAACCAAAACUCAAGCUCUUGUAGAAACAGAUGGUCCAGGAAAAGAUGUCACAGAACUGUCACAGUAUAUGCAGGAAUCAACUAGUGAUUUCAUAGAACACAGAAAAGACAUUGAAGUUUUACAAAACCUUCUCAAAGAUCUGUCUGCCUAUGGCCUUCCUGGAGAUAAGGCUUUGAUUUUAGAAAAAACAAAUGCUCUGUCAAAGAACUUUAAGGAAAUGGAGGACACCAUGAAAGAAAAAGAAGAAGCUGUAUCGUCUUGCCAAGAACAAAUGGAUGCCUUCCGGCUCCUUGUUGAGUCUUUAAAGACCUGGAUGGAAGAAACAUUUGAAAGAAUUCCAGUUGUCCAGUCCUCUCUUGGCAUGGAUGAUUUAAAGAAAUCUUUAGAAGCUACCAAGCUAUUGCAGGAAAUGUGGAAUUUAAAAGCACCAGAGAUUCAAAAAGUUAACAACAGAGGGUCCUCUUUAUGUAACCUAAUAAGUGCAGUGACUUCCCCUGCAAAAGCAAGAACAAUGGUGAAAUCAGGUGGAGCAGUAUUAAAUGGUGAAGGUACAGCUUCAAAUUCUCAGGAGUUUUUAACAAACAAAGAUAUGACAUCUGUUAAAAAGGAUAUGACAGACAUAAGCCACAGUUAUGAAGAUCUUGGAAUCUUACUGAAGGAUAACAUUUCUGAACUGGAGAUGAAACUCUCAAAAUUGCAAAAGGUCCAGGAAGAAUCCGAUUCAAUGAUUCAGUGGUUACAACAAAUGGACAAAACUACAACAAGCUGGGAUGCACCACCUACAGAUAAUGACGCUGUGAGGGCUCAAGUAGAGCAGAAUAAGACAUUUGAAGCAGAACUAAAGCAAAAUGUGAAUAAAGUGCAAGAGCUGAAAGACAAAUUGUCAGAACUGCUGGAGCAGAACCCAGACUCUCCUGAGGCAUCCAAAUGGAAACAGAUGUUGGAGGAGAUAGAUUCCAAGUGGAAGGAACUCAAUCACCUAACUGCUGAUAGACAACAAAAACUGGAAGAAUCCUCAAAUAACCUGAAUCAGUUCCAAACUGUAGAAGCUCAAUUAAAGCAAUGGCUUGUGGAAAAAGAGCUAAUGGCUAGUGUUCUUGGACCCUUGUCCAUUGAUCCAAAUAUGCUAAAUACCCAGAAACAGCAGGUCCAGAUUCUGCUUAAUGAAUUCGAUACACGGAAACCUCAAUAUGAACAGCUAAAGACAACUGGCCAGAGUAUUCUGAGCAGACCAGGUGAACACCCCACUUUACAUGGAACUGUGAAAGAGCAACUGGCAGCUGUAGCUGAAAAAUGGGAUUCACUAACGGGACAAUUGAGCGGCAGAUGUGUUCGAAUUGACCAAGCCAUUGACAAAAGCACUCAGUAUCAAAAUUUGCUGCGAAGCCUUUCUGAUAAGUUAAGUGUCCUGGAUAAUAAACUUAGCAGUAGUUUGGCUGAGAGUGCUCACCCUGAUGCUAUGAAACAGCAGUUGGAAACAGCCAGAGAAAUGGAGCAGGAAAUAGAACAGGAAAUGAAGAAUUUAAAAUUGGCCCAAGCUCUCUGUGAGGACUUGUCAGCGCUGGUUGGAGAAGAGUACUUAAAAGCAGAACUCAGUAGGCAGUUAGAAGGUGUCUUCAAAGUGUUCAAGGAUAUUGAACAAAAAGCAGGACACCACGUUCAACAACUUCAGUCAGCCUGUGCGAGCUCUCAUCAGUUUCAGCAAAUGUCCCAAGAUUUUCAGGUCUGGUUGGGCACAAAGAAAGAAGAGCAAAACCAAUCUCCCCCUAUAUCAGCCAGAUUGGAGAGCCUGCAGUCAUUAAUUAAAGACCAGAAGGAAUUUCAGAAAGGUUUAACUAGCCAAUGUGACUCAUACAAAAAAAUUGUUGCAGAAGGUGAAAACCUAUUACUGAAAACUCAAGGGGCUGAGAAAGCCGAUUUACAGGUUCAGAUUAGUACCAUCAAAACCAACUGGGAUGGUCUUAAUAAACAAGCAGUAGAAAGACAGGAGAAGUUAAAAGAUUGUCUGGAGAAGGCCUUGAAGUACAAAGAGCAUGCAGAAGAUUUGCAGCCAUGGAUAGACAAGUGUCAUAACAACCUGGCAGAAAUAAAGGUCUGCAUUGAUCCUGCUGGAACUGAAAAUUCUAUUGAGAAAGUUAAAGCUCUGCAAAAGGAAAUGGACCAACAUUUUGGAAUGGUGGAAUUAUUAAAUAAUGCAGCAAAUAGUUUGCUCAAUGCCAGUGAAACAGAUCAGAAAGCUAUUAGAGAAGAGAACAAGUCCUUGAACCAAAGAGUUGACACACUAACUGAACAGCUUCAGAGUAAGAAACAGUCCCUGGAGAACAUGUCCAAGAAACUUAAGGAGUUUCAAGAAGCCUCUAAAGAAACCCAGAGGCUACUGAAGGGUGCCAAAGAGCAGCUGGAAGUGUACGAUUCUCUAGGCCCACAAGCUUGCAGUAACAAACACUUAACAGUUAUGCAGAGCCAGCAGAAGUCUCUUCAAACUCUGAAACAGCAGGUAGAGAUGGCUAAAAGGGUGGCCCAGGAACUGGUAGUUGAGGCUUCUGACUCAGAGGGUACUGCCGACCUCCUGUUGCAAGCUGAGUCUCUAGAACGAGAGCACAAGAAUGUCAGCCAGCAAGUCGACGACAAAUGUUCCUUCUUAGAAGCCAAGCUUCAGGGCAUUGGCCACUUCCAGAACAGCAUCCGGGAAAUGUUUUCUCAAUUUGCGGAGUUUGAUGAUGAGCUGGAUAGCAUGGCUCCAGUGGGCAGAGAAAGAGAUACUCUGCAGCGCCAAAGGGAGGACAUUAAGGACUUUCUGAAGAAACUACAAGACCUCAUAGUAAGCAACGAGAAUGCAAAUAAAACCUGCAAGAUGAUGUUGGCCUCCGAAGAAGCAUCUCCCGAUCUUGUCGGUAUUAAGAGGGACUUGGAAGCUUUAAGCAAACAGUGCAACAAAUUAUUAGACCGAGCAAAGGUCAGAGAAGAACAGGUUGAAAGCACUGUUAGCCGGCUGGAAGAAUUUUAUGAAAAGUUAAAAGAAUUUUCUGGAUGCCUUCAGAGAGCAGAGGAGAACGAAGAGUCCCAGGGUCCGGUUGGAAUGGAAACAGAGACAAUAAACCAGCAGCUAAAUAUAUUUAAGGUGUUCCAGAAAGAAGAAAUUGAAUCCUUGCAUGCUAAGCAACAAGAGGUAAACUGGUUAGGCCAAGGCCUGAUUCAGAGUGCGGCUAAAAGUACUAGCACCGAGCGUCUGGAACAUGAACUUGAAGAUGUUAACACACGGUGGAAAACUCUUAAUAAGAAGGUUGCCCAACGAGCAGCUCAACUGCAAGAGGCACUGCUCCACUGUGGAAGGUUCCAGGAUGCCAUGGAGUCUCUGCUUGGCUGGCUUGUUGACACUGAAGAUCUCGUGGCCAAUCAGAAGCCUCCAUCUGCUGAGUUCAAAGUGGUAAAAGCCCAGAUACAAGAACAAAAGCUUCUCCAGAGGUUGUUGGAUGACCGCAAACCCACUAUUGAGGUAAUCAAGCGAGAAGGAGAGAAAAUUGCCGAGACAGCAGAACCAGCUGAUAAAGUGAAGAUCUUGAAACAGCUGAGCCUCUUGGAUAGUAGAUGGGAUGCUUUGCUUAAUAAGGCAGAAACAAGGAAUCGCCAAUUGGAAGCAAUCUCCGUGGUAGCACAGCAAUUUCAUGAAACCUUGGAACCACUGGUAGAGUGGCUCACUGCUACAGAAAAGAAGUUGGCAAACUCUGAACCCAUAGGAACCCAAACGCCCAAACUGCAAGAGCAGAUUGCUCAGCAAAAAGCCCUAGAAGAUGACAUCAUCAAUCGCAAUAAAGGUUUACAUCAGGCUGUUAGUAUUGGCCAAUCUUUAAAAAUUCUGAGUUCCCGGGAGGAUAAAGAAAUGGUACAGGAAAAACUAAAUGCUACCCAAGCACGGUACAUUGAGCUUCAAGACAAAAGUACCAGCCGAUCUGAGCUCCUCCAGCAUGCCCACUCUAACGCUCAGAUUUUUGGUGAAGAUGAAGUUGAACUGAUGAACUGGCUCAAUGAAGUGCAUGACAAACUGAGUAAACUGUCAGUCCAGGAUUACACCACUGAAGGGCUUAAACAUCAACAAACUGAGCUUCUGAUCCUACAGGAGGACAUUCUGCUCAGGAAACAAAAUGUUGAUCAAGCAAUACUGAAUGGUUUAGAGCUCCUUAAACAAACAACAGGUGAUGAAGUUGUAAUAAUUCAAGAUAAACUGGAAGGCAUUAAAGCAAGAUACAAAGACAUUACUAAAUUGAGUUCUGAUGUAGCCAAGACUUUAGACCAAGCACUGCAACUUGCAGGGCAACUGCAGUCGACCCAUGAAAGUCUUUGCACGUGGCUUGACAAAGUGGAAGUGGAAUUACUUUCAUAUGAAGCCCAGCUUCCCAAGGGAGAAGAAUUAAGCCAAGCUCAGGAAAGACAAAAAGAACUGAAAAAAGAAGCUAAGAACAACAAAGGCUUAUUAGACACCCUCAAUGAAGUCAGCAGUGCCCUGUUGGAACUGGUGCCCUGGAGGGCUAGGGAGGGUCUGGAUAAAAUGGUGACAGAGGACAAUGAACGCUACAGAUUAGUGAGUGACACGCUCACUCAGAAGGUGGAGGAGAUUGAUGCUGCCAUACUGAGAUCCCAGCAGUUUGAUCAAGCUGCUGAUGCUGAAUUAUCCUGGAUUGCAGAAACUGAAAAGAAACUCAUGUCACUGGGUGACAUUAGACUUGAGCAAGACCAGACCUCUGCUCAGCUGCAAGUUCAGAAGGCAUUUACCAUGGAGAUUUUGAAACACAAGGACAUUGUAGAUGAACUUGUCAAGUCUGGGGAUAAAAUUAUGACCACAUGCAGUGAAGAAGAGAAGCAGUCUAUGAAGAAAAAAUUGGAUGAUCUGUUGAAGAAUUAUGAAACUAUCUGUCAAAUCAACUCUGAGAGGAAUCUUCAACUGGAACGGGCUCAAUCUCUGGUUAACCAGUUCUGGGAGACAUAUGAAGAACUUUGGCCAUGGUUGACAGAAACACAAAGGAUCAUCUCCCAGCUCCCAGCUCCUGCUCUUGAAUAUGAAACUUUAAGACAACAACAAGAAGAUCAUCGGCAACUACGAGAGUUGAUUGCUGAACACAAGCCUCAUAUAGAUAAGAUGAACAAAACUGGGCCCCAGUUAUUGGAAUUGAGCCCGGGCGAAGGAUUUUUGAUCCAGGAGAAAUAUGUGGCAGCUGACACCCUUUACAGUCAAAUUAAAGAAGAUGUCAAAAAACGAGCUGUGGCAUUGGAUGAUGCAAUUUCUCAGUCUACUCAGUUCCAUGACAAAAUUGAUCAAACACUUGAGAGCUUGAACCGAAUAGUUGAACGUUUGCGGCAGCCACCGUCUAUAUCUGCUGAGGUUGAGAAGAUUAAGGAGCAGAUCAGUGAAAAUAAGAAUGUGUUGGUAGAUCUGGAGAAACUCCAGCCCGUGUAUGAAACACUCAAACAACGGGGAGAGGAAAUGAUUGCUCGUUCGGGAGGUACCAAUAAGGAUAUAUCUGCAAAAGCUGUCCAGGAUAAGCUUGAUCGAAUGGUUUUGGCCUGGGAAGACAUCCAGAAUUUGGCAGAGGAAAGAGAGGCCAAACUAUUAGAUGUGAUGGAGCUUGCUGAAAAAUUCUGGUGCGAUCACAUAUCUUUGGUGGUCACAACGAAGGAUACUCAAGAUUUCAUCCGCGAAUUGGAGGGGCCUGGAGUUGACCCUUCUGUAGUAAAACAACAACAAGAAGCAGCAGAGGCCAUUAGAGAAGAAAUAGAUGGACUCCAAGAAGAACUAGAUAUAGUUAUAAAUCUUGGUUCUGAGCUCAUUGCUGCCUGUGGAGAACCUGAUAAACCUAUUGUCAACAAGAGCAUAGAUGAGCUGAAUUCAGCCUGGGACUCCCUAAAUAAAACAUGGAAGGAAAGAGUUGACAAGCUUGAUGAAGCUAUGCAGGCUGCUGUUCAAUAUCAGGAUGGACUGCAGGCAAUCUUCGACUGGGUAGAUAUCGCAGGAGGUAAACUGUCUUCAAUGUCACCGAUUGGAACUGAUCUAGAGACUGUGAAACAGCAGAUUGAGGAACUAAAGCAAUUUAAGGCCGAAGCAUAUCAGCAACAGAUAGAAAUGGAAAGACUGAACCAUCAAGCAGAAUUGUUGUUGAAGAAAGUUACUGAGGAGAGUGACAAGCACACUGUUCAAGACCCUUUAAUGGAACUGAAACUGAUUUGGGAUGGCCUGGAUGAGAAAAUUGUCAACAGACAGCAUAAGCUUGAAGGGGCUCUGUUAGCUUUGGGACAGUUCCAACAUGCUCUGGAUGAAUUGCUGACGUGGCUGACCCACACAGAGGACUUGCUGAAUGAACAGAAACCCGUUGGAGGAGAUCCCAAGGCCAUUGAAAUUGAACUUGCCAAGCAUCAUGUACUCCAAAAUGAUGUGUUAGCCCAUCAGUCUACUGUGGAAGUAGUGAAGAAAGCAGGAACUGACCUAAUCGAGUCAAGUGCUGGAGAAGAAGCAAGUAACCUGCAGAGCAAACUAGAGGUUCUAAAUCAACGCUGGCAAAAUGUGUUGGAAAAAACAGAGCAAAGGAAGCAGCAGCUGGACACUGCUUUGCUCCAGGCCCAAGGGUUCCAUGGUGAAAUUGAGGAUUUACAUCAAUGGCUGACUGACACUGAACGCCACUUGUUGGCAUCAAAACCUGUUGGAGGUUUACCAGAAACAGCCCGAGAGCAGCUAAACUCCCAUAUGGAACUCUGUACUGCCUUUGAAGUAAAAGAAGAAAUAUAUAAACGUUUGAUGGAAAAGGGCCAGCAGAUGCUUGCAAGAUGUCCAGAGUCUGUUGAAACAAACGUUGACCAGGACAUAAAUAACUUGAAAGAAAAAUGGGAAUCAGUGGAAACGAAACUCAGUGAAAGAAAAACUAAACUGGAAGAAGCUCUCAACUUGGCUAUGGAGUUCCACAAUUCACUGCAGGACUUCAUCAACUGGUUAACCCAAGCUGAACAGACGUUGACUGUAGCUUCCCGGCCCAGUCUUAUCUUAGACACUGUCUUGUUCCAAAUUGAUGAACACAAGGUGUUUGCCACAGAAGUGAAUUCUCACCGGGAUCAAGUCGUAGAGCUGGAUAAAACUGGAACUCACCUGAAAUAUUUCAGCCAGAAACAAGAUGUUGUACUCAUUAAGAAUCUUCUGAUCAGUGUUCAAAAUAGAUGGGAAAAGGUUGUUCAGCGAUUAGUGGAAAGAGGAAGAGCUUUGGACGAUGCAAGGAAACGAGCCAAGCAGUUUCAUGAAGCGUGGAAUAAACUUAUGGAGUGGCUAGAAGAAUCAGAAAAGUCUUUGGAUUCAGAGCUUGAAAUUGCUAAUGACCCAGACAAAAUAAAGGCUCAACUCACACAGCACAAGGAAUUCCAAAAAUCUCUUGGAGCAAAGCAUUCUGUUUAUGACACCACAAACAGAACUGGACGUUCUCUCAAAGAAAAAGCUUCUCUGACUGACGACAACUUGAAAUUGGAUGAUAUGUUGAGUGAACUCAGAGAUAAAUGGGACACAGUAUGUGGAAAAUCCGUCGAGAGGCAAAACAAAUUGGAGGAAGCUCUGCUAUUUUCUGGACAAUUUACAGAUGCUCUACAGGCUCUCAUUGAUUGGUUGUACAAAAUAGAACCACAGUUGGCAGAAGACCAACCAGUUCAUGGGGAUAUUGAUUUAGUGAUGAAUUUGAUUGAUAAUCAUAAGGUCUUCCAAAAGGAACUGGGAAAGAGGACGAGCAGCGUGCAAGCUCUGAAGCGCUCAGCCCGAGAACUGGUUGAAGGCAGCCGGGACGACUCCUCCUGGGUCAAAGUCCAAAUGCAGGAACUGAGCACACGCUGGGAGACUGUGUGUGCCCUCUCUGUUUCCAAGCAAACUCGCCUUGAAGAAGCUUUGCGUCAGGCAGAGGAGUUUCACUCUGUGGUUCAUGUCUUGCUGGAAUGGCUGGCUGAGGCUGAGCAGACGCUUCGCUUCCAUGGCCUUCUCCCUGAUGACGAAGAAGCCCUUAGGACCCUCAUUGAUCAGCAUAAAGAAUUCAUGAAGAAACUGGAAGAAAAAAGAGCUGAACUAAAUAAAGCAACAGGAAUGGGAGAAGCUGUUUUGGCAAUCUGCCAUCCGGACUCUAUCACCACCAUUAAACACUGGAUAACAAUUAUCAGAGCCAGGUUUGAGGAGGUUCUUGCAUGGGCUAAACAACACCAGCAGAGGUUGGCAGGAGCACUGGCUGGCCUUAUUGCUAAGCAGGAAUUGCUGGAAGCCUUGCUGACUUGGCUGCAGUGGGCUGAGACUACACUCAGUGACAAGGAUAAAGAAACCAUCCCACAGGAGAUAGAGGAGGUUAAAGCUCUUAUAGCAGAACACCAGACUUUCAUGGAGGAAAUGACCAGAAAACAACCAGAUGUGGAUAAAGUAACAAAAACCUACAAGAGAAAAGCAGCUGAUCCCUACCCAAUACAGUCACAUAUUCCAGUCCUGGAUAAGGGGAGAACAAGAAGAAAGCGCUCCCCAUCUUCAGCUGUUUAUCCCUCUGGGUCUCAGACACAAAUCGAAACAAAGAAUCCCAGGGUAAACCUAUUAGUGAGCAAGUGGCAGCAAGUCUGGCUUCUAGCUUUGGAAAGAAGAAGAAAAUUGAAUGAUGCAUUGGACAGACUAGAGGAGCUGAAAGAGUUUGCCAACUUUGAUUUUGAUAUCUGGCGGAAAAAAUACAUGCGAUGGAUGAACCACAAGAAAUCUCGAGUAAUGGACUUUUUCAGGCGAAUCGAUAAGGAUCAAGAUGGAAAAAUAACCCGACAAGAAUUUAUUGAUGGAAUACUUUCCUCAAAAUUCCCAACUAGUCGCCUAGAAAUGAGUGCAGUGGCUGACAUCUUCGACAGAGAUGGUGAUGGAUAUAUUGACUACUAUGAAUUUGUAGCAGCACUCCAUCCUAAUAAAGAUGCAUACAAGCCUCUAACAGAUGCUGACAAGAUUGAAGAUGAGGUAACCAGGCAAGUAGCUAAGUGCAAGUGCGCAAAGCGAUUCCAAGUGGAGCAGAUUGGGGAUAACAAGUACAGAUUCUUCCUGGGAAAUCAGUUCGGUGACUCUCAACAACUGCGUCUUGUUCGCAUUCUACGGAGUACGGUGAUGGUUCGGGUUGGAGGUGGAUGGAUGGCACUGGAUGAAUUCCUGGUUAAAAAUGAUCCUUGCAGGGUUCAUCAUCAUGGGAGUAAAAUGUUACGUUCGGAAUCAAACUCUUCAAUUACUACUACUCAGCCUACUAUAGCUAAAGGGAGGACGAACAUGGAACUGCGGGAGAAGUUCAUUUUAGCAGAUGGUGCCAGUCAAACCAUGGUGGCUGCUUUCCGACCAAGGGGACGGCGAUCACGGCCAUCAUCCAGGGGAGCGUCACCCAACAGGUCUACUUCGGUGUCCAGCCAGGCUGGUCCGGUGAUCCCCUCACAGGCCAUUGCCACCAGCACACCCAAGACACCCCAUCAUUUAACACGCAAUUAUGGUAAACCAUGGUUGACAAACAGCAAAACAUCAACUCCUUCUAAACCAUCUGAGUCCUCAGACUAUCAAGUGUCAUCUGCAGAGGGAACUCCAAUACAGGGAAGCAAGUUGCGACUUCCAGGGUACUUAUCAGGGAAAGGAUUCCAUUCUGGGGAAGACAGCGGCUUAAUAACAACUGCAGCUAGCAGAGUGCGAAUGCAGUUUGCAGAAUCCAAGCGAACGCCAAGCCGACCUGGAAGCCGGGCCGGAAGCAAAGCUGGCAGCAGGUCGAGCAGCCGCCGAGGAAGCGAUGCAUCCGACUUUGACAUUUCAGAUAUCCAAUCUGUGUGUUCGGAUAUGUCCGAGACACUUCCUCAGGCCAGCAGACCAGCCCCUCGAGCAGGUGCUCGGCCAGCCACAGCCAAGCCUUCCAAAAUCCCCACGCCCCAGCGGAGGUCGCCAGCUAGCAAGUUGGACAAGUCCACCAAGAGAUAGUGUGGGUGGCCUCGCUCCGGUCUUGCCUUGUGCGGUCAAUAUUUAAGUUUGUAAGAUGUAAAAUAUGAUGUAGAAAUUAUUGUGAAAUAUUGCAAGAGGUGGGUUUUUAAUUCUGCAGAUGGCCUUAUUUGUGUAUUUGUCUUAUUUUAUCCCUACAAUUUGUCGUUUAAGCCACAUCAUGUGGAGGAAGAGCAUUUAACACCUACUAAUAUUUCUACACAGUAAGUGUAGAAAAUACACUAAAAUCAGUUAUCAGGACAGGUAUAUUUCUGCAACCUGAAGAAACUACAUCACUAGUUAAAAGUUACGAAUACCUCAUGUGUUUGUUUGUUUUUUUUUAACAAAAGCCAAAAGACAUAAGGACACAUUUUGAGGCUAUUCAAAUACACACUAAAAGAGAGUACCAAAAAACAAGCACAUUCACACUACAGUUAUUAAACAGUAUCUGUCAGAGAACUCACAGGAUAUUACUUAAAGCACUUCUUGGCUAUAUGAUACUCAUAUCUUGCAGCAUUUCUGUGCCAUUGCUUUCCAUGAGGCCAGAGACAUUUUCGAUAUUAGAACUAUUAUACUGUAAGAAUAUCAAUAUAAAGUGCAUUCAUGUAAAUGUGAGGUUUUCUUUUGCUUGAGUGGACUGUAGCACUGUAUCAUCAAAUUCAUUUUGUAUCGAAGCAAUUUUGCUUGCAGAAAGCUAUGAAAUAAAUCAUGUCCCUUAAACUGCUCUGUAAUUACUUUCUUCAAUAAAUCAUAUUUGAGUCAU